AUGUUGCGAGGAAGAUGCUUUCGGCUCAUAGACAAUUACAAUCAGACAGAUGUUGACGAGAACGACAAACUUUCCAUACAACUCAAUAAUGUGCAGAAAGGAACCCUCUUUGGAAGAAAGAAUAGGAUCCAAGUGGUCAUGUAUGUGGGUGAUUCACAUCCAGAAGUGGGCAUCUAUCCAAGAUUUUAUUUGAAUUAUCAUGAUUGGAAUCGCAUACGCUUUGUCCAGAGGCGAUUGUCGAUGCUGCCCAGCAACCCACGGUGCUCAUUAGAUCCUCGAAAUCAGGGAAAGUCGACCUGUUUUGUUUACAACUGGCUGAUGCGAGUAGUGGUGCAACCACUGAAUUGCACGGUACCGUACUUCAAAGGAGUGUUACCGUAUGUGGACGAUGUACCGACAUGUGAGCCGUAUGUCAUUGUUAAUGACUACGCUCGAAUCACUUCGACGAUGUUAGAAAACUAUCACUGCUCUCCUGCCUGCAAUCGUGUUGAGAAUCAGAUGCGGAUGACUACUAGUCCUGACUACAGUCGGAAUCCAAAUUAUUCUUUCCGUGUAGAAGCAUCAUUCAACGAGUUGCAGUAUGAGAGCUACUCAGAAAUUCGUCUGACAACUGCUGCUGGUUUCGUAUCCGAACUGGGUGGCCAAAGUGGCCUCUUUGUGGGAUGUUCGGUGAUGAGCUUCGUGCAACUAGUCCUUUCCUUUCUUAGCCUUUUCGUUAUAUGUGCUCGUAAGGUCUAUGUACGAUAUUAUUACCCAGCGCUCAGUAUUAAUUCAAAGGUAACAAACAGUACCGUGAGCAACAUUUCUGAUCAGAAGUAA